AUGAGUACAUGGACACCUGAUCAACGUGGUCUUCUUGAAGUGAUGGAACUUCUCGCUAACAGCAGGAAGGGAAAUACUCAAAUUCAACGGGAAUGUACCAAGAAAAUGAAUGAACUCAACAAUAACGUUCCCGACUUUAAUAUUUAUUUGGUUCAUAUUUUCGUUAGAUGCAAAGACAUUGAACCUGCAAUCAGACAAGCUGCUGGUCUGAUUUUGAAGGCCAAUUUGAAACAAAAAUUAGUAACUCUUCAAGAUGCUGCAAAGGACCACUUGAAAUUAUUACUUUUGGAAGCCCUCGGUGAUGAAAUUCAAUUCAUUCGAUCGACUGCUGGAACUCUUAUAUCCUUUAUUCUAUACUGGGAUACUGUUGAAGCUUGGCCAACAUGCAUUUCUCAACUUGUUUCAAUCCUUACAAACAACACGAAUAAUGUUACACUGAUCAGUGGUGUGAUGGAUUGUAUGUCCAAAGUUUGUGAGGAUAACUAUUCUCAAUUUGUUGGAUCUUAUGCCGACCAACUGGCAUAUCUAAUUCCUACUUUAAUUAGAUUUUUGGAAUAUCCUUCAGAAAAUGUGAAAAGAGAUGCUUUAGGAUCAAUACUUCACUUUUUCCAAUUGGACCCACUCCCAACACACUUAUUGAAUAAUAUGGACUCAUUCCUCAAAAACCUAUUCAACAUUGCAAACGAAAAUGCAGUCGUUCUUCGAAAAUAUUCAUGUCGUGCAUUUGUCAUGCUAUUGGAUACUCCUGAAUUUUUAAGAAACGCAAUUUCAACUGUUUUCGAAUAUAUCAUCCAUUGCAUAUCUUCUGAGGAUGAAACUCUUGCUUUGGAGGCAUGUGAGUUCUGGACUGUUUUGUUGGAUCUUGAUCCAAAGAACUCGUGUCAACAAUUUUAUCCAAUUCUCCAAAAUUAUUUGCCUCAGUUGGUUCCUGUUUUGUUAGAAAAGAUGCAAUACUCUGAAUUUGAACAACAAUCUCUUUUACAUGACUCGGAAAGACCAGAUAGAGAGUCUGAUAUUGAUCCUUCAGUAUAUCAUGUGAAACCAAAAGACACAAUCGAAGAGGAGGGCCAAUACGACGAGGAUGAUGAAGACUAUGAAGAUUGGGAUGAAGAAAAUGGAGGAGAUGAUUGGAGCUUGAGAAAAUGUGCUGCUACUUCUCUUGAUUUAUUGUCUAACAUUUUUGGCUCUUCUAUUCUCCCAUUCCUAUUACCUCAAAUUGAGAAAAAGAUGUCUCCAGAGAUGCCUUGGCCAGUUAAAGAAAGCGCAAUUUUGGCAUUAGGAGCAAUAUCAGAAGGAUGCAUGACUGGAAUGUUGCAACAUCUUCCUAAAUUAAUUCCAUACAUGCUCACUUUAAUCGACGAUGAUAAACCUUUAGUUAGAAAUAUUACAUGCUGGAGUUUGAGUAGAUACUCCAGAUGGAUUGUAGAACAACCAUUGGAUAGAUACUUUGAACCAGUACUAGCAGCCAUUCUCAAGAAAAUGUUAGACAAGAACAAGGUCGUUCAAGAAGCAGCAAGUUCUGCAUUUGCAACACUUGAAGACCAUGCUAAGACUCUUUUAAUUCCUUAUCUUAAGCCAGUGUUGGAAACCAUUGCGAGCGCGUUCCAAAUCUAUCAAAAGAAAAACGUAUUUAUUUUAUAUGAUGCUAUCAGAACAUUGUCUGACUCUGUUGGAGCUCAUUUGAAUAAGCCAGUGUUUAUCCAACUGAUUAUUCCACCACUCAUUACCAAAUGGAACUCAUUAUCUGACGAUGAUAAGGACUUGUUACCACUCCUUGAAUGUUUAACAGGUGUCUCGACUGCUCUUCAAUCUGGAUUCCAAUCUUUUGCUGCUCCAGUAUUCCAAAGAUGUCUCAGAAUUAUUCAAAACACAUAUGCAAUGGAGACCAAGAAUCCAGAAGAGGCUGAUAAGGAUUUUGUCAUUUGUGCUCUUGAUCUAAUUGGAGGAAUAUUGGAAGGUUUAGGAACAUCAGCCACUUCUUUAAUUCUUACUGGACCAGAGUUGUUAAACGUUUUAUUUUUAUGUAUUAAGGACAAAAUUCCAGAAGUAAGACAAAGCGCAUUGGGUGUCAUUGGAGAUCUUGCGAAAGAAAGCGUUGAAUAUCUUCGGGGAGCACUUUCAGAAUUUUUGCCUAUUAUGAUUGCCAAUCUCAAUCCUAAAACUGCAUCUGUGUGUAGCAAUUCUUGCUGGGCACUUGGUGAGAUUACACUCAGGAUUGGUACUGAUAUCACUCCUUAUGCUACUGAAAUGCUGGCUAAAAUGAUUCCAAUUCUCAACUCGUCAACCACUUAUGCCACUUUAGUCGAAAAUCUUAGCGUUUCUAUCGGCAGAAUAGGAUUGGUUUGUCCAAAGAUAGUUUCUACACAAUUACCAACAAUUUGCAAAAACUUGUGUAUGGGAUUAACAAAGGCCAGAAACAAAACAGAAAGAGAGCAUGGAUAUGCUGGAUUGUGUGCUAUCGUUAGAGAAAAUCCACAAGGUGCCAUUACUCAUUUCCCAUUUGUUCUAGAUGCCAUUUCGAAUUGCCCUGAUCCAAGUGCAGAGCUAAAGCAUGAAUUUAUUACCAUUCUUCAAGGUUUCAAGCAAGGCAUGGGUGAACAAGCAUGGUCAUCAUUUUUAUCUACAAUUCCAGAAGAUAUAACCCUCAAACUUAGACAAGAGUAUAAUAUUUAA